CGGUGCUCCGUCCGCCGCCAUGUCGGUGGCUGCGGGUUGCCGUGGCGGCGGGAUGGUGCCGGUGUUGCCGGGGCUUUACGUGGGGGGCGCGGAGUCGUGCUCGUCCCCGGAGUCACUGGCAGCGGCGGGGGUGGUGGCGGUGCUGACGGUGGAUGCGGAGGAGCCGCCGGCGGUGCCGGGGGUGCGGGCCAUGCACGUCCGGCUGCGGGACGAGCCCGGCGCCGACCUGCUGAGCCGCCUGGACGACUGCGCAGCCUUCAUCGCCGCGGCGCGGGCGGGCGGCGGAGCCGCUCUCGUCCGCUGCCAUGCCGGGGUGAGCCGCAGCGCGGCCGUGGUGACCGCCUACCUCAUGAAGACGGAGGGACUCGGCUGGGAGGAGGCCUACGCCGCCGUCAGGGCCGCCAAACACGACGCCGAGGUGAACCCGGGUUUCCAGGGGCAGCUGAAGCUGUACGAGGCCAUGGGCUGCGCCGUGGACAGCAGCAGCCCCUUCUACAAGCGGUACCGGCUGGAGAUGCUGACGGAGAGGUACCCCGAACUUCAGGACUUGCCCCGAGAAGUCUUUGCUGUUGAUCCAACCAGUAUAUGUCAAAAUCCAAACACAGAGGUUCUCUACAGGUGCAGGAAAUGCAGGCGUGCUCUAUUCCGUAGUUCCAGCAUUUUGUCCCACACGGAAGGAAGCGGACCCACAGCCUUUGCCCACAAGAGGAUAACGGACUCUGUGCAGCUUUGUGGUGAUGGGCGUGAAAAGUGUACCUCUUACUUCACCGAGCCCGUGCAGUGGAUGGAGCCAGCGUUGCUCGGAGUAAUGGAAGGACAGCUUCUGUGUCCCAAAUGCACGUCGAAGCUGGGCUCCUUCAGCUGGCGGGGUGAGCAGUGUUCCUGUGGCCGCUGGGUGACACCUGCCUUCCAGAUCCAUAAAAGUCGCGUGGAUGAAGUGAGGAUGCUGCCAGUUGGUAACUUUCAAGCUGCCAAAACCUGAACUCAUCCCUUCCCUCGAUGGAUUUCUUAACGUCCACAGAGAACUGCUGGCUGGCCUGUGGUUGCCAGGAGUGAGCUUGUGACUUCCACCCCUUUGUAAUGCAAUGGAAUUACUUGAACAUCUGCUCUAUUUGAGCUUUCUGUAUCUCUAAUAUAUAUAAAAUGGCAAACACUUCCUUCAAAGAGGUGUUAUACAGUGGUCAAAUAUGUAAAAAAAAAUGCACGGAUGUGA